GACCAUGUGAAUGAAUGUCAUAUGUCCCUACAGAUCUAUGAUCCACAACUGAUCCACCCAAAUGCUCUUUAGGUGAAACGGGAAAGUGGAAAAAUAUUUUCUUUAACAACAAGUGAUAGGCAAUUGUGAAUUAAACGACCGACUGCACGCCGCCGUCAGCUCCGGCGAAAUGAGAUCCAGACCACCGCUGACUCGUAGGAGAUCGCCUAUUCAUUAUGCCACUGAGACCCCAAUCUAUCAUCCUAAUGGAUUUGACCAACAUGACCUAGAUAGUGGGGGAAGGAAGACCAAGCACAAGGGAAAAAAUGUUGUAUGGUCUCCGGCAAUGGACAAGUGUCUGAUUGAAGCACUUUCUGUUCAAGCAAGAAAUGGAAAUAAAGUUGACAAAUGCUUCAAUGAAAAUGCAUAUAAUGCUGCUUGUGUUGCCGUUAAUUCUCAUUUCAGCUUGUCCUUAAAUAACCAAAAGGUUGUUAAUCGUCUUAAGACAAUCAAAAAGAGGUACAACACAAUCAGGAAUAUCCUCAGUCAAGAGGGAUUCUCUUGGAAUCCAAAUACAAAUACAAUAGACUGUGAAGAUGAUGAUCUUUGGAAGAGAUAUGUUGCUGCACACCCUGAUGCUAGGGCCUUCCGAGGAAAGCAGAUACCCAUGUAUGAAGAAAUGAAAAUCGUAUGUGGAAAUUAUCAAGCUCACAGCCGCUGGGCAAGAAUACCAGGCAAAGUGAACGGAAAUCCACUUAUAGAGUGCAAGUAUGAACAAGAAUCUGCUUCAUAUCUUUCUGCAAGUUCAGAGCAUAUGAAUGAUUCGGAUGGAACUGAGACACAGUCAUCUGCCAAAGAACCGUUAUAUACUGAAAUGCUUGCUAAUAAUGAAGAUGAAGAUGAGCCUGAAGUUCAACCUGAGGGGCAAGCUGCAAAACGGACUCGUAGCUCAGAGACACUUCAGGAUGCAAUGUUGGCGAUAGCCUCAAGUAUCCGACACCUAGCUGACACAAUCGAGCAAAGCAAGCACACCAUUGACACCUCUGCUCUUCUGCAAGCUGUGAUGGAAAUUGAGGGUCUGGAAGAAUCGAAGCAAAUGUAUGCCUUCGAGUUUUUGAAUGAGGACCCUACCAAAGCCAGGGCCUUCAUGGCAUACAAUAGAAGACUCAGGAGAAUAUAUUUGUUUCGACUGUUCGGAUGGUGGAGAUAAUGUUUCGAUGAUCUGUCCUACUUCUUGGUCCUCUCUUUUUGGCGGAUGAGUCCAUUAUAUUUACUCUUUCCAAAUUUUGUUGUGGAGUAUUCACUGAAGAGAAUGCUGUCCAUACAUAAGAAGUGUACCCAUAUGUAUUCAAAUCUGACUCAGAAUUGUACAGGAAUGUUGUACUAUGAUCCUCGUGUUGCUUAACUCAAACAUUUUAUCAAAUAACUUGCAACUUUGUACCACAAAAGAUAUGGUACCUUUUUGUUGUGAAGAAAUUUCCUUUUCCACUGGAUUCCACUUGUGAUGUGUACAAUUUCAUAUAUUCCAAUACUACUUGUAUU